AACUCCACCUUCGGUUUGUGCCGGUCCAAACGGGUUGACUAUAUUCUUCGCGGCAGUGGUUUGUCAGCUAUUUGCCGGUAAAUAACUGUGUUGACAGUGUUGAGGAAAUAUGUAUCAACACCCCGUUUCUUUGUGGACUGCGGUAAAUCAAGGGGUCGUACCCCGAGCCAGACAGCAGCAUCCAGCAGCACCUGUCACCCGCGCUUGGUCUGGAUAAUGGUGGGGUUGUCGUCGAGGAGCAGGACUUCUGGCUGCUGCUGUUAGAUAAUGGGGGUACUUUUGUAACGAUAAAUUGGUUGCUUUCGGGUGGGAUUUGUGGCUGCUGGCAGGACCACCAGCAUUCGCAGCAUGUUACCUUUCUUAAUGAGAACAUUUAUUCUUGAAAUGCCGUUGGCUGUCAGCCGCGCCCUCCGGGGGGUUUCUGUGUUUUUCAAGGCCAGUACCUAUGGUCUCCAGACAAUGAUUUGUUGCCGUCUAUUGGUGUUUCUAUUAUUUGCAACUGCUGCAUUCAGAACUUCAAGUGAAGCUGCUGAGGAAUCCCAUUCUGGUCAGUAUCGCCACUAUAAUCCACAAACAAGGAAAGAAUUGAUGUGUUACAAGUGUCCAGCAGGAACACACGUCUCCAGGCACUGCACAGAAACCACCCUGAGAGAGUGUACGCCAUGUCCAGCUGGAAGUUUUACUAGCCAAGAGAAUGGGCUAUUGAAGUGUUUAACAUGCAGCCCACCCUGCAAACAGCCAAUGAUUGAGAAAAUACCUUGCACUGCCUUGAGUGACAGCAAGUGCACUUGUCCACCUGGUACCUUCUUCUCUAACAAAACGUGUACACCACAUACAGUCUGUCCAGUUGGAUGGGGGGUCCGAAAGAAAGGAAGUGAGACUGAAGAUACCAGGUGUAAACCCUGCCCUCACGGUACCUAUUCUGAUGUGCCUUCUAGAGUGAUGAGAUGUAAAACUCAUACCAACUGUUUGACACAAGGUCAAUUGCUAGUAAUUGCAGGAACUAGAGAGCACAAUAGUGUCUGUGGCUUAACAACUAUAUCUUCUGAGAAGGCAACAUCCCUUACAGGAGGUUCAUUGCUGGCUGAACAUACCCCUGACGUCCCAUUUACUUCUGUUUCAGAAGAAACAGAUCAUCCUGAUUUGGAAUUUUGGAGUCCUGAUGAUAAGGAGAUAAUGUCAACUGAGGUCCUUCAUGAAAUGUCAGCAACUCAAUCUUGCAGUGAAAGUUUGCCAGAUAUAAGGCCUCAUGUUUCAAACAAACCUCCUGGGAAAAAACAUCACCGCAUCUACCAACACCAUACUGUAACUCAGACAGCACCUGCUAAACAUGAGCCAACAAUGAGAAUGGGUGCCCAAUCGAAGAAUACUGCUUUUAAGCCCUCCAGGCGAGGGACACCAAAUUCUUUCAAGCACUUUGACAUAAAUGAACACCUGCCUUGGAUGAUUGUCCUUUUCCUGCUGCUGGUUUUGAUUAUAAUUGUAGUCUGCAGCAUCAGGAAAAGUUCUAGGGUACUGAAGAAAGGACCUAAGCAAGAUCUGAACAGUAUUGUAGAAAAAGCUACUGUAAAGAAACGUCCCUCCUUUCAGAAUAAGGAAAAGUGGAUCUAUUACUCGAAUGGCCAUGGUAUUGACAUACUAAAGCUUGUAGCUGCUCAAGUUGGAAGUCACUGGAAAGACAUCUACCAAUUCCUGACAGCUGCAACAGAGCAGGAAGUGACAUCCUUUUCUAGUGGAUAUACAUCUGACCAUGAAAGAGCAUAUGCAGCUUUGCUGCAGUGGACCAUCCAGGACCCUGAUGCCAACCUUGCCAAACUCAUUAAUGUGCUCCAUCAGUACAGACGCAUUGAUGUUGUGGAAAAGAUUAGGGCAUUAAUGGAAGACACAAAUCCGUGUAAUGUUGAUACAUUGGCCCUUCCAGCAAACCACAGUCCAGGAGUCCCCAACUCCAACCCUCCUGGGCCUGCCACACUUGCGGUAGAAUGCUCUCCGUUGGACAAAACAAAAGGAUUUUUUGCUGAUGAGUCUGAACCCCUUCUACGAUCCGACUCAACAUCUAGUGGCUCUUCUGCUCUCAGCAGAACUGGCUCAUUUAUUACCAAAGAAAAAAAAGACACAGUAUUACGUCAGGUUCGAUUGGAUCCCUGUGACCUGCAACCCAUAUUUGAUGACAUGCUUCACAUCCUUAGUCAAGAUGAACUUCAUGUAAUCGAGGAAAUCCCACAGGCUGAAGAUAAGCUGGAUAGACUUUUUGAGAUUGCUGGAGUCAAAAGCCAGGAAGCCAGUCAAAAACUUUUGGAUUCUGUUUAUAGUCACCUCCCUGAUCUGUUGUAAUCCCAUGUGGAACUAAUCAGCAGCGUUUUUACGUCAAAGGAACAUUAACAUUUUGAGUGCUUUUUGAAAGGCAGUGCCUGUAUAAUUUUUUUAACCAACCUUAUCAGUAGCUGUUUCAUCUGCUUAACCUGGAGUUUUCCCUUGUAUCUUACCACUUUAUGUAACUAUUAAUCAGUCCAAAGUUUCUAUAUUUUUUUGUGCUUGAUGACUGUAUGGUGAAUUGGGUAUCCAAUGGCAUUUACGCACUAAUUUCUAGUGUUUCAUCAGGAUUCUUUGGAAUGAGCUUUUUAUUGUUGCUGUUUCUUUUUAUAGUGGCAAAAAUGUUUAACAGUAGUAACAUACCUUGGACAGUAAGGAAGUUGCCAUUUGGUACAAAUUACACAACUACUUGACUGUACUUUUUUUAUUUAUAAACAUAUGACUGUGUUAUUCAUGCUGUAUUUAUUGCCAUUGUGCUUGUGGCAUUAGUAAUAUUUUUAUGCAUAUUUUUUAACAGAUGAUUAAACAAAAUGUUUCAUAUUUUGUCAGGCGUUCCAAAGACUAACCAUAGUUAAGAUACAUCAGUUGCUGUUAAGUAGUUUGGAACGCACAACAUACCAAAAACAUAGAGUAAGAAAGAUUUUGCUGCAGUAUUUGUGGUAAUACAUUUAGACAGGAUGUAACAUGAGCUUGAACUGAAACAGCAACAUUCUGGUGCCAUUAAGAUACUACUUAAAAAAAAAAAAAAUACACUUUUUGAAGGUUUAAAGAUUCCUUUUAUGCAUAAGUAUUUCUCUGAAAUGCUGAACAGUUGCUUUUGUUUUGUGGACUCAUGAACUAAUAUCUCAGUAAGGGUCAACAGUAUUGCCUUCCAGCCUGUAAUAUAAAUAAGGUGUUCUUACAUUAACUGUGCUUAUUUCAGUAUCCCGAGAACUAUUUAGUACUUGACUAUGACAGACUGUAACAAUGUUAUGUAUACAAAUAAAGUCACUUUUUGUAGCA